AUGUCACUACUUCUAAGGGGUCAGGUCGUUUCACUUCUAGCGGCGCGAGCUCUGGUGGACACCGUUGGUGAUAUCUAUUAUAAAACUUAUAAUGAAGAAGAACGUGGUGAUGCUCCUCAUCAAGCCUCUUGGGGCUUAAAACAGAAAGAUACCUUCCACGAGUUCGGCCCUUGCCGCGAGUUGUUCUUGAACUCGUUUACUCCUGCAGAGGUCAAUCGGCAAAGGGCGAAGCCCCAUGAAUUGUUAUAUCGCACCUUUAUACUUGGAGAGGCCAACGCUCGUGCUGCCAAUCACCAGAUAGUUCGCGAAUGGCGAACAAUGGUUAGAGAGCGUGCCGACUGGGAGGGUUAUCGUGAGCGCAUGUUAAAACGCAUUGCUGAGUUUGAAAAGUCCAGGGCUGCUUUUGAUGAGGAGAUAGCCAAAUUUGAAGCCGAUAAGAAGGCCGAAGAAUGGGGCCGCGAGGGCCUGCAAAAGAAACUCCACAAUGUUGAGGAUGAACUGGCCAAGGAGAAGGCCGAGUUUAAACGUAUUUGCGCCCAAGACAACGAGCGCGCCUACGCGGCUCGACAGAAGAUUGUUGAUCUUGAGGCUAAAGUUGCUGAUUUGACAUCGAAGGUAGAGGAGGCGCAUGGAGAGAAGGCUGCCAAGCAGCAGAUGGAGGUUGAGCUAUCUGAGGCCAAGGUGCAGCUGUCUAGCAAGGACAGAGAUCUCCACGCUAAGGACGCUGAGAUUGCGGAGCUCAAACGUCGCUUGAACGAGCAAAUCGACAGAUGUGAGUCGUUGGAGAUCGACCUGGAGGCCGAGAGGGUUAAGGCUGCUACGCUUGUCUCGGAGGCUGAAUGGAUGCGCACUCGUGGAGUAGCGCUGGUUGCCAACUCCAUCUUAAAUGCUGGCGAGCUCGAUCACGCCGUUGCUGCUCUCACGGAUGCGGCGCGUGCGGUGGGUCAUCGAGGAGGUUACUUGGAAUGUGCCAGUCACGUUGAGCAGGUGCUAGGGCAAGAAUUUGAUGUAAGCCAUUGCUCGGUGACUGAACGUGCUGAUGCUGCGCUUGCACAUGCUGAAAACUCGUAUGACAACCUUACCUUGCCUAUCAUGGAUCUGGUUGUGGAAUCUUUGAAAAAAGACGACUGGUGCCAGCGUCUUAAAGCAGUCCUCGACCCACCAGUUACCGUCGAACUAUCCGAUGAAGAACCAGCUGGUGAUGACGGUGGAGAUGGUGAUGAUGAUGGCAACGAUGACGAUGGUGAGGAUGACGGAGAUGAUGAUGGUGAUCGACGCGAUGAAUAGAAUAGGUUGUUGAAUAGGUUGUUGAUAGGCGUUUGUGCCUUGUAACUGUCUUUUGCAACUUGAUUGUAAAUGCUGCGCAGUUGCGCAAGUUUAUUAUAUGAAUCGUUUUC